CACAACCCAGUGGAGGUAGGCGCACAGCAGCAGCGAGUGAACAGCACUAGCGUAAGAACCACAAGUGAUCAACGAUCAGAAGAAAGAAAUCUGAGAGAGAGAGAGAGAGAUCGAUGGCAAUGAAGCCACUCGUCUUUCUUGUCCUGGUCGUCGUGCUCGCAGUUGGUAUCCGUGCUGAGGAAGACAGUGAGGGAAAAGAUACAGGUACUCAUAUCCUUAGUUACCUCUCUAUGCAAGCUGGUGAGUGCGGGAGGAGCUCCGCCGACCGGAUGGCCCUCCGGAUGGCUCCGUGCUUCUCGGCGGCAGACGACCCGGACGCCCAGCCGACGAGCAGCUGCUGCGCGGCGGUGCAUUCCAUCGGCCGGAGCCCCAGUUGCCUGUGCGCCGUCAUCCUGUCCAACACAUUCAAGGCAGCCGGAAUCAGGCCCGAGGUCGCAAUCACAAUACCCAGGCGCUGCAACAUGGCCGACCGACCCAUCGGCUACAAGUGCGGAGAUUACACGAUGCCUUGAUGACCUUUGCCUUUGCUUACUGAUCAAGAGGAAGGCGCGCUGGACGUGCCAUGGAAGGUUUUGUGUAAUACUUAUAAGCGAGUCCGGCACAUGAAGGAAAUUGCCGGCAUUGUAUCACUUUUUAAUUUUUAUAUGUAUGCUUGCAGAUGUCAGCUGCCGUUGGCACGCUUGCUCUUUCUUAUCCUUAUAAGUACUACUUGUUGAUGUGGCCCGGACAGUAAUAAAUGUUCAGAUUUGCUAAA